CCCGGGUGGUGCGGUCCGCCGUACGUGCCGGCCGCGCCGGGGCCGCGGGAGCCGCCAGCGCCAGACGGGCCGGAGCGGCGAGCAUCUGGAGGAGCUGGACAGGGCCAUACAACCGAAACUCUUUGAACUGUCUCAAGGGAGGCUUUCCCUGCUGCUCACCACCCUCCGUGCUGGAGCUCUCAGGCCCCAGCAGCUGUUGUUUGCAGAGCCAUAGGUGCAAGUGCCUCUGAGUGCCAUGGGGGAGCCCAGCAUGGACCCAAGCAUUGCUGCUGACAGCCCUGCCCAGCAGGACUCUCUCUUCAGCAUGACAGACGUGUUCCUCAUCUCCCUCAUCACGGGGCUUCUCACCUACUGGUUCUUCUUCCGCAAGAAAAAGGAGGAGGUGCCUGAGCUCCCCAAGAUGCAGACAGUAGCAGCUCCAGUGAGAGACAGCAGCUUCAUUGAGAAGAUGAAGAAGACGGGCCGGAAUAUUGUGGUUUUCUAUGGCUCCCAGACGGGCACAGCAGAGGAGUUUGCCAAUCGCCUGGCCAAAGAUGCCCAUCGCUAUGGCCUCCGGGGCAUGGCAGCAGACCCAGAGGAGUAUGACCUGUCGGACCUGAGUCGCCUCUCUGAGAUUGACAAGUCCUUGGCAGUGUUCUGCAUGGCCACCUAUGGAGAGGGGGACCCCACAGACAAUGCCCAGGAUUUCUAUGACUGGCUGCAGGAGGCUGAUGCCGACCUCUCGGGUCUCCGGUUUGCAGUCUUUGGGCUGGGGAACAAAACUUAUGAGCACUUCAAUGCCAUGGGGAAGUACGUGGACAAGAGGCUGGAGGAGCUUGGAGCGCAGCGCAUCUUUGAGCUGGGGCUGGGAGAUGAUGAUGGCAACCUGGAAGAAGACUUCAUCACCUGGAGAGAGCAGUUCUGGCCAGCAGUGUGUGAGCACUUCGGGGUGGAGGCUACAGGAGAAGAGUCCAGCAUCCGUCAGUACGAGCUGGUGGUGCACACAGAUGUGAACAUGAACAAAGUCUACACGGGGGAGAUGGGCAGGCUCAAGAGCUACGAGAACCAGAAGCCCCCCUUUGAUGCCAAGAACCCCUUCCUGGCUCAGGUCACAGAGAACCGCAAGCUGAACGAGGGUGGAGAGCGACACUUGAUGCACCUGGAGCUGGAUAUCUCCAAUUCCAAAAUCAGGUAUGAGUCUGGGGACCACGUGGCUGUGUACCCAGCCAACGACUCCUCCCUGGUGAACCAGAUUGGUGAGAUCCUGGGCACGGACCUGGACACUGUCAUGUCCCUGAACAACUUGGAUGAGGAAUCAAACAAGAAGCAUCCCUUCCCCUGCCCCACAUCAUACAGGACAGCCCUGACCUACUACCUGGACAUCACCAACCCUCCCCGCACCAACGUGCUCUACGAGCUGGCCCAGUACGCCUCGGACAGCGGCGAGCAGGAGCGCCUGCGCAAAAUGGCCUCGUCUGCUGCUGAGGGCAAGGCGCUGUACCUCAGCUGGGUGGUGGAGGCCCGCAGGAACAUCCUGGCCAUCCUGCAGGACAUGCCCUCCCUGCGCCCCCCCAUCGACCACCUGUGCGAGCUCCUGCCCCGCCUGCAGGCCCGCUACUACUCCAUCGCCUCCUCCUCCAAGGUCCAUCCCAACUCCAUCCACAUCUGUGCCGUGACGGUGGAGUACGAGACCAAGACGGGCCGCCUGAACAAAGGGGUGGCCACCAGCUGGCUCAGGAGCAAGGUGCCUGGCCAGCCUGGGAGCAGCUCCCAGGUGCCUGUGCAGCAGGAGAGCAGCUCCCAGGUGCCUGUGCAGCAGGGGAGCAGCUCCCUGGUGCCCAUGUACGUGCGCAAGUCGCAGUUCCGGCUGCCCUUCAAGCCCAGCACGCCCGUGAUCAUGAUCGGGCCGGGCACCGGCAUCGCCCCCUUCAUGGGCUUCAUCCAAGAGAGGGCCUGGCUCAAGCAGCAGGGCAAGGAGGUGGGUGAGACGGUGCUUUACUAUGGCUGCCGCCACGAGCGCGAGGACUACCUGUACCGGGAGGAGCUGGCCCGCUUCCAGAAGGAGGGAGUGCUCACCCAGCUCAACGUGGCCUUCUCCAGGGACCAGGCUGAGAAGGUUUAUGUCCAGCACUUACUGAAGAAGAACAAGGAGAAUGUCUGGAAGCUGGUUAAUGAGGGGAUGGCUCACAUCUACGUGUGCGGCGAUGCGCGGAACAUGGCCCGGGACGUGCAGAACACCUUCUACGAGAUCGUCUCCGAGUUUGGCAACAUGAGCCAGCCCCAGGCCGUGGACUAUGUAAAGAAACUGAUGACAAAGGGCCGCUACUCCCUGGAUGUGUGGAGCUAA